AUGGAGAUCAACGUCGUUCUCGCCUUUGUGGUGGGCCUGGUGUUCUCGGUGGUAGCCCUGCUGUACUUUGACUCCCAGAAGCUCAAGCCCGUGCUUAACCCCACACAAUGGCAGCAGUACCGCCUCAUGGAGAAGCAGAGGCUUUCGGACAACACGGCGCUGUACCGCUUCAAGCUUCCUCGCUCGAACAACAUUCUUGGCUUGCCGAUCGGACAGCACAUCUCGGUCCAAGCCAACAUGGGCGGCAAGAACGUCGUGCGUUCGUACACGCCCACCUCGUCGGAUGACGACCUCGGCUUCUUUGACCUCGUCGUCAAGUCGUACGAACAGGGCAACGUCUCCAAGUACAUUGGCGCCAUGAAGAUCGGCGAUCUCCUCUCGGUCAAGGGCCCCAAGGGUCAGAUGCGCUACUCUCCCGGUCUCUCGCGCCACAUUGGCAUGAUUGCUGGUGGUACCGGUCUUACUCCUUGCCUGCAGAUCAUCCGUGCUGCGCUCAAGAACCCUGCCGACAAGACGCAGAUCGACUUCAUCUACGCCAACGUCAAGGAGAGCGACAUCUUGCUCAAGAACGAGCUCGACGAGCUCGCCGUCAAGCACAAGGACCAGUUCCGCGUCCACUACUUCCUCAACGAGGCCCCCGAGGGCUGGACCGGCGGCACCGGUUUCGUCACCAAGGAUGCUCUGGAGGAGAAGAUGCCCAAGCCCGCCGACGACAUCAAGGUUCUCAUGUGCGGUCCUCCUCCCAUGAUCAAGGCCAUGACCGGACACCUCGAAGCCCUCGGCUACCAAAAGCCUCGCACUGUCAGCAAGCUCGAGGACCAAGUCUUCUGCUUUUAA